AUGUCUCUCGUCGGCCUGGCUCUCGUCGCGACGCUGGCUCUUUACCCUCCCGCACCGGUUCGCGAGGUGCAGGCAACGUCGACCAAAGCCCGGCGGCUGGCUAACUUGCGCGAGGAGGGCUCUGCCGCCGUCGCCGCGCGCCAGUCCAGGGCGCUGAUGCUCAAGGUGGCACAGCUCAGACAAGGAGGGCAGCGCCUCAUCGAGGAGAGGGAGGCGCGGCUCGCCGCCCUCGACUCGAUCCGGAUCAACCGCGAGUUUGCCGAGCGUCACUUUGACAUGCGCGCCGCCUUUCGCGCUGAGCUGGAGGUGAGGCCCGCUCGCGCCUUCGCCAACCGACUGGCGACCAAGUGGGAGACCGUGGCAGAGGCGCGAGUCGCUCGCGACCAGCGUGCGAUGGAAGCGAUGCGAGCUUGGGAGGAGGCAGAGAGAGCGCGCCGGCGGCUUGAGCGGGCGGAGUCGCGGCUGGCGGAGCUUGAGGCGGAGGCGGAGGGGGCGGAGGCGACGUCGUGCGAGGCCUUCCUCACCACUGUCAUCACCUUCCAGGGGCGCAGCUUCAGAGUGUUCCUCGCCACCGACGCGACCACGGACCAGCUCGAGGACGAGGCGCAGAUUGUGUUCCCGUCGCUGGCCGCCACGCCAGUCUGCCUCUGGGUGGGCGGUGAGCGGUUGCCGCGGGGUGCGCCGCUUAGCGCAGUGCUGCAAGCCGGCGGCAAUGCGCCUCUGGAGAGAGUGAUGGUCACGCCGCUCGGCGCGCUGUCUGCGGCUCGUCCAGAGGCGGCGCCGGCCACCGAAGAGCAGAUGGCGGCUUCGUGGCGCGACCGAGCGUGGACCUCUGGGUAG